GAUCGGGCAGUCGUAUUCAGCCGCAGGAAACAAUAAUUGGUAAUUGCAUUCUUGUUUUUCCUUCACGGCCCCACUUUGUCUUCUUAUGUGAAAUCAAGAAUCUUUUGAUGGAAUUGGAAGUUACCUGUUUUGGAGGCAUUUGACUGUUCUCGUUUUUGCUUCCUUUGGUAAAUUCACCGUUUUGACUGCUAUCAGUGGGAAGUCAGAGAGACCCCCCCAAAAGCAGGGAGCGACAAGGGCGGUUAAAGCUUUGGGAUUUGGACCUCCAUUUUAGCAUUUUUAAAGCCUUCCUGGACUCGUCUCUGACUCGCUCUGUGUGCCUCAUUUGUUCCCACCAUCCAACCUAUUUCACCUUCUUCAAUACCGUCCAGCUGGGUUUUUUUCACCCUCCUUGCUCUGCGUGAAGUUUUCCCAGGGGUCGCUCUAUCUCCGAGCUUAAAGAUUUGCCCUUUCGAGGAUUUUCCAAACCGUGAUGUACGAGCAAGAGCAAUCAUUCGCGCUUUCAAUGCAUUUGGAUUAGUGUUGCCGGAGUCAUUCGAGGUGUCAUGAUUCAACCAAGAGUUUUGUGCUUGUUGGUGAAAAGGAGUGAUCUUUUUCCUCUUCUCCACCUCCCCUAUAAGUUGGAUUGAGUUUGUCUUUCUGUGGGGAUUUUGGCACAGAAUGUGACGCCUUAACACACUAGGGUGUUCUUUGAAUUCUAUUGGAGAGUGGUGAAGCUGCAUAUAGAAGCUAAGUGCUCGAGGUGUGCCCAGCACUUAACCAUGCCGCUGUUCGAGUUCCUCAAGAUGGCCAAAGCUAAGCUUGACUCAAGCCUAGAGAAACCCACAUCUACUUCAACUGGUCUUUCUUCUGUACCUGAAAAUGAGCUUGUAGAGUUAACAUGGGAAAAUGGUCAGGUUGUGCUACAGGGUCAAUAUAGUCGAGCUAAAAGGAGCCCCUUCAGUAAUAAUUCACCUUCGAAUGGAUCGAAACCUAGAGAAGGAGCUUCAGGUGAUGGUACCAGACCCAAGUCCGGGAAGUUUAGGGAUCUCGAAUGUGGAUUAAGCGAAUUUCCGGUGACUCAACCGUUGAGCGAAAUUGGUUUGGUACAGGAGGAUGACAUUGGGCCUUGGUUGAGUUUCCCUAUUAGUGGAUCUUUACAGAAUGAUUACUGUUCUGAUUUCUUGCCUGAACUGGCUGGAGUCGCACUAAAUGAGACUUCCCCUGGAAAUGAUUUCGGGGCAAUCGACAAAAGUUCUAGUCGGAUAUAUAGGGAGUCCCAUGGCAUUGAUAAUGGCGUUCAUUGUCUGGGACAAACAGAUGCAUCGAAGUUUUCUUCUUCUGAGGCAGGCGAAACUACAAUCGAUAGAACUGGCUCUAGUCAACUAUAUUCCUUGCAGAACCAGCAGUUCUUAUCGCCAUUACAGUGUUUCAGAUCAAGAGCCUUGGAUAAUGCGAGCACAAGUACAAGCAGCAGCACGUCCCAAGCUGUUUGUGGGGAUAAAGUUCGGUUGCCAACCUCUGUGGUAGUAUGUUCUACUGUAAAGGUACAGAGGCAGGAUUUAGAGCAUUCAGAUAAGAGUUCCAGUUUUACGAAUUUCUCCUGUUUUUCACAACCCGCUUCUCUCUAUAAAGUUAAUGAUGCUGAGAGCAGUGGCCCUGCGGCUGGUUUCGGUUUGUCGAGUGCAGAUAGAUCAGUCAGUAAGGAAAAGGCUUCAUCUAUCGAUAAUAGCACCCUCAGUGGAUCAAAUUUUGCUGUCUCAAGCAAUGGUGUGCAGAAGCAGAGAAAGAUUGAUUCCUCAAAAUCAUUUGAUGGAGAGCAACAUGAGCAACAGUUUUCUGCUGGGCACUCAGAGGCUAUCUGCCCGGAGAACACCUCUAAGAAUGCUAAGCUGUCUUGUCAAAAUUAUCAAGCAAGCGUUUGUAAAGGAUCAACUGAGGGUGAAAAGAUGACAGAGCAUGUGGUUGGUUCUUCUUCCAUUUGCUCAGGCAACAGCGUGGAAAGAGUUUUAGAUGACCCCAAACGCAAUUUGAAGAGGAAAUCUCAUGAGACUGAUGAGUCUGACGAUCCCAGUGAGGAUGUUGAAGAAGAUCCAACCUGCGAAAAGAAGCAAAAUCCUGCUCGAGGUACUUCAAAAAGGAGCCGAGCAGCAGAAGUGCAUAAUUUAUCUGAAAGGAGGCGAAGGGACAGGAUCAAUGAGAAAAUGCGUGCACUACAGGAGCUCAUUCCAAAUUGCAACAAGGUGGACAAAGCUUCGAUGCUUGAUGAGGCAAUAGAGUAUCUCAAGACGCUUCAGCUUCAAGUGCAGCAGAUGAUGUCAAUGGGAGCUGGUAUGUACAUGCCACCUGUGAUGGUACCCACGGGACUGCAUCCAGCACAAAUGCCGCUUUACCCACCCUUUGGCAUUGGGAUGGGAUCAGCAAUCGGAUUUGGGAUGGGUAUGGUUGACAUGAACAGCCGUUCUUCUGGUCGACCAGUGGUUCAAGUUCCGCCAUUGCAAGGUCCACAUUUUCCUAGCCCACUGAUGUCAGCAGGGAUGACAGGAGCGAAUCUCCAGAUGUUUGGUUUUCCUGGUCAAGGAAUUCCUCUACCAAUGCCUCGCACGCCACUAGUUCCUUUUCCAGGUGAACCAGUGAUGAAACCAGCAGUGGGACUCGGUGCCUAUGGAAUGCCGUCUUCUAUGGAAAAUCCAGAUUCAGCUGUUGCCUCGACAUCAAAGGAAGCACCACAGAACAUUAACAAGGAAGCGCUGCAAAAUACUGCUUCCAUUUGCUUGAAGAAUCAGUCAUCCAGUCAGCAGCCUGCUCUGGCACAAAGUAGCUGCCAUAUCUCGGAUGUUAAUGGAAGCAUGGCUAUUGAGUCCACUGGAAAUGAUGUUGGAUCCAGCAAAGCAAGUUGUGGAUCCUGAUUUUGUGAGUAGUAUAAAUUUUGUUAGAGGAGUGGAGUCUAACCGACAGGCUACAGAUGCUGUUGCUUCUCUGCCUUCUCUGCGGAUAUAGUUUGAGGCACCGAGGAGGUUGAAGCUUAUAACAAGACUUUGAAGUUUUUUCUCCCUUUAUUCUGCUUUUUGCGUAGUGUAAAAAUAACCUUUUCCACAGUUUUGGCAUCUUUGGAAAUGGUCUCUUCCACGGUAUGUAUACUCAGUUAAACCUCGGUUCAUAUAAUAAUCACUAAUAGAUGUGCAACGGUGAUCUCAGGUACGACUUUUUUUGGCGAGUA